AGAUUAUAGCAUACAUGCUAAUUUGGUGCGGCUUGAUGCGUGCCAUUCGCUGAUCGCGAGAGAGUCUACUGGUCGUCGUCAAGCAGGUUUCCUGCUCUGUGAAUUUUCGCCCAGAGAGGAUGGUGGCUGCGUUUUAAAUUGGAGAAUGGUGUUAGAAAUCAGAUUCACAAUCGGAUACUGUGUGGGACUGGGAUUCAAUUUCAAUUUCACAAUUUGAAAUUGAGACUUGUAGCAUGGGGUUGCCUUUCCUCUCUUCUCCCGCCAUUGUCACCUGAUUUAAAAGCAACAGUUCCAAAACUUCCCAGCAGUUUCACAGCUUCAGGUUUCAGCGCGCGAAAAUACAAGCUUGGCUAUGGCCGCCGAUCGUUAGAGCUGAACUUUGUGUAAUGGCUGGAUUGAGUGGUUCCAAUGACGUGCUGGGUAAGGCCCGGGGCGAAAUUCAUGGUAGUGUAUGGUCAGACGAGCUUGAGGAGCUUCCAUUGAAAUUACGGUUGAAAGCUUUGCUUGCAAGUAAGCGUCCUUCGGCUGCCAGUGAUGCUAGGCUGGGGGUUCUUGGGGGAGGAAAUAAUUCAGAAACGAUGCCCUAUGAGGAUAUCCUUGUUAGAAAGGAAGAUCACCCCCCUGAUUCUCAGGGUGUUCUCUCUUUCCAUUCAGCUUGUUUCACUACCGAAGGGAAGAGCCGAAGAUUGUUACCAGAACAAAGUCAUGCUGACAUACCUCUUGAAGGAAUCAUUUCUGAAGUUCCGAACUGUAAAAAGUCUGUAGAUUCAGAUGCAAUUGGUCCAUGCUUGCAAAAUGUCCUUUCCAUCAAAGAUGUGGGUAAGCUUGGGGUUCCUAAUUUUCAAGGGAAUCAAGUAAAUUCAUGUAUUUGCUCAAACCAGACUGCUUCUAAUGAAGUUAAUGCUGAUACUAUUGGAGUGGAGGAAGACACUGUCAAUGUUGGCACUUCGCUGCAGUCAAUUCUUCCAAAGAUUCCUGCCAAAAUAGAGGUUGAGUCUUGCAACAACAUGGUGAGUUCAUUGGGAGAUGGUAUUUUUGGCCCUGCUGGUUCUGAUUUGCAAGCUGUUAAGUUUGGAAAUGGGAUUACUAAUGACCUUGUGAACGAACUUGAUCAUGUUAUACUGAAAGAACGGCGAAGGAUGCUGCUAUCAAGGAAAUUGUUGGGAACAGUGAAACCAACUCUGGAGGGAGAUUCUGAAAAGUUAUCUAGCUGUGUUAUCGAAGAUUAUGCUGGUUUAAUAGCAGGGGAAAGUCAUUCUAAUAAUGGGGGAUCUUCAGUGGCUGGAAAUCAGGUUUUCUGCAUUUCAGAAGGGAGUGCUUAUGAUCAUUGCAGAACUUCAAGGUUUGGUUCAUUAAACAGUGUUACAGCUGGUAGAAUCCAUCAAUGUUCACCUUCUGUUUGUGUUUGUCAAGGGAUUGAAUCAGUUAGAUCAAGAAAUCACAUGGUGAUUCAAGAAAGUGACAGGAUGUGCUCAUCCGAGUCAAGUUUCACUCAAGUCAAGUCAUGUGGCUUACAGGAUUUUAUACCUGCUGCCUCGGAUAGUACUCUUACUUCAGCUUUGUCAACCUCUGUAAAAGUUAAGAAUGAACCCUUGGAUAACAGUGAUUUACCUGGCACCGAUAUGAAGAAUGUUGGUGAUUUCUAUGGCGUAGAUAAGAAUGCUGUUGGUGAUUUGUCUGUGCCUGCUUUUCCAGAUGGUAUUUUUAGCUCACCUUUGUUAUCCUCUAUAAAAGUGAAGGACGAUUUGUUGGAUGAUAAUGAUUUGCACAGCCCAGACAAGAAUGCUGUGGACAAUUUCUUAUUUGGUGAUUCAUUAAUAGUAAAGAGUGAACUGCAAAUCCCUGACGAAACUCUUGGAGAUCAGGUAGACCAUAUACCUUUGCAAGAUCGGAUUAAGUCUCUGAUGUCAGGAGAGGUUCCUAAUUUGAAUACAUCCAGUAACCUGGAAUGCUUGCCAAACAUUGUUCCUUCUGUCCUUGGGAGCAAUCCUGUUGUGCCGGAAUCUGCUAAACCAGUUAGAAUUAGGCGCUCACAGAAAAGGAAGAAGACUUCUACGGAUUCUGUUGAAACAGCAUUGGAGGAAGAUGCUCCUGGACUCCUUCAGGCAUUAGUUGACAAAGGGGUGUUGGUGGAUGAGAUUAAGCUUUAUGGGGAAACGGUGAAUGAUGAUGCCUUGGAUGAUUCAUUCAGUGAGGAUAGCUUUGCAGAGCUUGAAUCUAUUAUUUCAAAGAUAUUUUCUCAGCGCCACUCAUUAUUAAAGUUCACUCCUAUACGCAGCGCAAAGUUUGCGAAAGCUAGUUAUUGUUUGGCUUGUCUAAUUUCCUUGGUGGAACAGACACGAUAUCUACAGUUCAGAAAGUGGCCUGUUGAGUGGGGAUGGUGCCGAGACCUUCAAUCAUUUAUAUUUGUAUUUAAAAGACAUAACAGAAUAGUGUUGGAACGCCCAGAAUAUGGCUAUGCAACAUAUUUUUUUGAGCUAGUGGAUUCCUUACCCAUUGGCUGGCAAAUUAUGCGGUUGGUGACUGCCAUGAAGCUCACUCACUGUAGCAGAGUUACCCUAAUUGAGAACAAAGCUCUUACGGUUGGAGAAGACUUGACUGAAGGUGAAGCGAAGGUGUUGAUGGAGUAUGGUUGGGUGCCAAAUAGUGGCUUAGCAACAAUGCUUAACUACUGCGAUAGAGUUGUUCAUGACUGGAAGAAAGAGAACAGCUCAGAGUGGAGGUCAAAAAUCGGGAAGUUGUUGAUGAAUGGUUAUAAUGGUGGGACUGUUGUCUCAACUGAUAUCCCAAAGAAGGUUAUGGAAAUCAGCGGCAGCGUGAGCCCUCAAAUAAAGAUGGAGCUUUAAUUUGAGAUUAGAGGUCAGAAAACUUUGUUGAUGAUUGUUGCAAAAGAAAAAGCAUUGGAAGUCUUCUGGUCCUGUGGGCAUUAGGGUGUAGUUAUGAAGGUGAUACCAAUGUCCAAUACCACCCUCAAUACCUUCCUGUUCAUAAUAUACCUACUGUUCAAUUGCUUGUAGGCAGGAUGUCAAGUUCAUGUUUAUGAUGUUAGCUUAGGGAAUUUGGUAAAGCUGAAUGUAAAGAAUUCUGUCAGUUAAGCUGAAUGUAAAGAAUUCUGUCAGUUAAGUACCAAAAUUUAUUGUUUCUACUCGAUUUUGAUUUGUCCUCA